GUCCUGCGCCAGCCCCCGGGGACCCCCGAAGCCGAGGAGGCGGGGGCGGGCGGAGUCCAGGGGUCAGGCGCCCCCUCCCGGGAGCCCCCGGAGCCGGCGCCCCCGGCCUCCCCGGCCCCCUGCCCUCCACCCCGGCAGCCCCGCCCCAACCGCUUCCCCUGCCCCGAGUGCGGCAAGGGCUUCGCCUGCCCCUCCCACCUCCAGCGCCACCUGCGCACCCACACGGGCGAGCGGCCCUUCGAGUGCUUCGCCUGCGGCAAGACCUUCGCCACCCUCAGCCACCUGGCGCUGCACCGGCCGCGCCACGCCACCCACCGGCCCUUCGAGUGCGCCGUCUGCGGCCGCUGCUACCCCAGCUACCCGGAGCUGAGCGCCCACCAGCGCUUCCACACCGGCCGGCGCCCCUUCCCCUGCCAGCUGUGCCCCAAGCGCUUCUACACCUCCAGCGAGCUGCGGGUGCACCAGCAGUGGCACACGGGCGAGCGGCCGCACGCCUGCCCGUCCUGCGGCAAGCGUUUCGGACGGCUGGGCCACCUGCUGGAGCACCAGCGCAUCCACACGGGGGAGAAGCCCUUCCAGUGCCCACUCUGCGCCAAGCGCUUCCACUCGUCCAGCAACCUGACCCGGCACCGGCGCUUCCACAGCGGCGAGCGCCCCUUCGCCUGCCCGCAGUGCGGCAAGAGCUUCUACACCUCCGGCGACCUGCGGCGCCACCAGCAGACCCACAGCGGGGUCAGGCCCUUCCGCUGUGCCACCUGCGGCCGGGCCUUCUACCGCUCGGGCGACCUGGUCAAGCACCAGCGCACCCACACCGGCGAGAAGCCCCACGGCUGCCCGGUCUGCGACAAGCGCUUCUACACGGGCAGCGAGCUGAAGAUCCAUGGCCGCUUCCACACCGGCGAGCGACCCCACGGCUGCCCGGUGUGCGACAAGCGCUUCUACACCUCCAGCGAGCUGCGCAUCCACGGCCGGACCCACACCGGCGAGCGCCCCUUCCACUGCGCCACUUGCCCCAAAGCCUUCUACCGCUCCAGCGACCUGGCCAAGCACCAGCGCACCCACACCGGCAUCAAGCCCUUCGCCUGCCAGCUGUGCCCCAAGCGCUACUACACCUCCAGCGAGCUGGGGGUCCACGGGCGCACCCACUCGGGGGAGAAGCCCUUCCGGUGCCAGCUGUGCCCCAAGGGCUUCUACACGGCCAGCGUCCUGGCCAAGCACCGGCUGACCCACGUCCCCCGGGACCCGGCCGCCUCCUACCAGUGCCGCCUGUGCCCCCAGCGCUGCCCCAGCGCCGCCCGAUUGCGGGCCCACGAGCGCCAGCACGCCGGGGAGCCGGCCUUCGAGUGCGGGGUGUGCCAGCGCCGCUUCCACACCUCGGGCGGGCUCAGCAAGCACCGCAACGUCCACGGCCGGUCGCCCGCCGGCGGCCUCGCGCCGGAGGCGGCCGGGGGGUCCGGCGGACUCGCCGGCUGCGGCAUGUGCAAGCGGGGCUUCGCCUCCUGGCCGGAGCUGCUGGCCCACCAGCCCGAGCACGAGGGCGAGCGGGCGCUGGAGUGCGCCCUCUGCAAGCAGCUCUUCGUGGCCCCCCCCGCCGGCGCCGGGGUGGGGGGAGGGGGUGGGCCAGCCGCCGCCGGAGGUGGUGGUGGUGGGGGGGGCAGCGGCGGCGGCGGCGAUCAGGAGCCCCACCGCUGCCCCCUCUGCCGGGGGCGUCUGGCCUGCUUCGACAUCGGGGGCUUCGGGCUGGCGCCGGCCCCCCUGGGCUUCGAGCUGUGCCUCCAGGGGGGCUGGCAGGGGCUGGAGGGGGCGGCCCUCGGGGAGCUGUGCGACCAGGGGGAGCUCACCCACCCGGCCACCUGGACGGCCAGCGGCGGCGGCGGAACCGGCCAGUGA